ACUUCCGGUGCGAGGCGCGGAAGACGCAGGUGCGGCCGACAGAGCGGUGGUCGCCGGGGCUCGGCGCGCGAGCCGGCGGGGUGAGGCAGGACCUGAGCUCCGCUGCCACCUCUCCGAGCCCCCGCGACGCCGACCCUCGGGUCAAGAUGGCUCGGGGCGAGCGGCGGCGCCGCGCAGCGCCGGCAGAGGGAGCGCGGGCAGCCGAGAGGGCGGCUCGCGGCGGCCCCUCGCGACGGGACGGCCAGGGCGGCGGGGCCCGUGGCGCGGUUCUGGCCGUGGUGGCCCUGUCGCUGGCCCUGGGCCUGUCUGGGCGCUGGCUGCUGGUGUGGUACCGUGCGCAGCGGGCGGUCACGCUACACCCCGCGCCCCCGGCACUACCUCCCGACUCCUCUAGCCCUGCCGUGGCCCCGGACCUCUUCUGGGGCACCUACCGCCCUCAUGUCUACUUCGGCAUGAAGACUCGCAGCCCUCGGCCCCUUCUCACCGGACUCAUGUGGGCACAGCAGGGUGCCAACCCCGGAAUCCCUCAGCUCAAGCACACUUGUGAGCAGGGGGACGGCGUGGGUCCCUAUGGCUGGGAGUUCCAUGACGGCCUCUCCUUUGGUCGGCAACACAUCCAGGAUGGAGCCUUAAGGCUCACCACCGAGUUCGUCAAGAGGCCUGGGGGUCAGCAUGGAGGGGACUGGACCUGGAGAGUGACUGUAGAGCCUCAGGCUUCAGGUACCUCUACCCUCCCUUUGGUCUCCCUCUUCUUCUAUGUGGUGACAGAUGGCAAAGAAGUCCUAGUGCCAGAGGUUGGGACCAAGGGGCAGUUGAAGUUCAUCAGCGGGCAUACUGAUGAACUUGGUGACUUCCGCCUUACACUUUUGCCACCAACCAGUCCAAGGGAUACUACCCCUAAACAUGGCAGCUACAAUGUCUUCUGGUCCUCCAACCCAGGACUGCCCCUGUUGACAGAGAUGGUGAAGAGUCGCCUAAACAGCUGGUUUCAGCACCGGCCCCCAAGGUCCUCCCCUGUACGCUACCUCGGCUUGCCAGGAUCUCUGAAGUGGGAAGACAGAGGCCCAAGUGGGCAAGGGCAGGGACAAGGGCAAUUCUUGAUACAGCAGGUGACACUGAAAGUCCCCUUUUCUGUGGAGUUGCUGUUUGAAUCAGGCAGCGCCCGGGUGGGAGAAAACCAAGCUCUGGAGCAGCUGGCAGGUAGCCUGCUGACCCAGGCCCUGGAGACCCAUGCUGAAGCCUUCACAGAGCGCUUUGAGAAGACCUUCCGGCUGAAGGAGAAGGGCCUCAGCCCUGAAGAGCAGGCUUUGGGCCAGGCUGCCCUCAGCGGACUCCUUGGUGGGAUCAGCUACUUCUAUGGACGAGGUCUGGUGUUGCCAGACAUUGGGGUAGAGGGAUCCGAGCAGAAGGUGGACCCAGCCCUCUUUCCACCCGUCCCUCUUUUCACAGCAGUGCCCUCCCGUUCAUUCUUCCCACGAGGCUUCCUUUGGGACGAGGGCUUUCACCAGCUGGUGGUCCAGCGCUGGAGUCCCCGCCUCACCCGGGAGGCCAUAGGCCACUGGCUGGGACUUCUCAAUGCUGAUGGCUGGAUUGGGCGGGAGCAGGUGCUGGGGGAUGAGGCCCGAGCUCGGGUGCCCCCAGAAUUCCUGGUGCAACAGGCAGCCCAUGCGAACCCACCAACCCUUCUUUUGCCUGUAGCCCACAUGCUAGAUAGUGGUGACCCUGCCGACCUAGCCUUCCUCCGCAGAGCCUUCCCCCGCCUGCGUGCCUGGUUCUCCUGGCUCCACCAGAGCCAGGCAGGGCCAGUACCACUAUCUUUCCGCUGGCGGGGCCGGGACCCACCUUUGCCAACCCUGCUGAAUCCCAAGACGCUGUCCUCAGGGAUGGAUGACUAUCCCCGGGCUUCACAUCCUUCAGCCACUGAGCGACACCUGGAUCUGCGGUGCUGGGUGGCACUGGGCGCCCGUGUGCUGGUGCGGCUGGCAGAGCAGUUGGGAGAGACCGAAGCAAUUGCUGACCUUGGCCCACUGGCUGCCUCCCUGGAGAUGGAGGCGAGCCUGAAUGAGCUGCACUGGGCCCCAGAACUUGGGGUCUUUGCAGACUUUGGGAACCACACAAAAGCAGUGCAGCUGAAGCCCAGGCCCCCACAGGGGCUGGUGCGGGUAGUGGGCCGGCCCCAACCUCGGCUGCAAUAUGUGGAUGCCCUGGGUUAUGUCAGUCUUUUUCCCUUACUGCUGCGGCUGCUGAGUCCCAGCUCAUCCCACCUUGGGCCUCUGCUGGACGUUCUAGCUGAUAGCCACCACCUCUGGAGCCCUUUUGGUUUGCGCUCCCUUGCAGCCUCCAGCCCUUUUUAUGGCCAGCGCAAUUCAGAGCAUGAUCCUCCCUACUGGCGGGGUGCUGUGUGGCUCAAUAUCAAUUACCUGGCCUUGGGGGCACUCUACCACUAUGGGCAUCUGGAGGGUCCACACCAGGCCCGGGCUGCCAAGCUCCAUAGUGAGCUCCGUGCCAACGUGGUGGGCAAUGUGUGGCGGCAGUACCAGGCCACAGGCUUUCUGUGGGAGCAAUACAGUGACCAGGAUGGGCGGGGCAUGGGGUGCCGCCCUUUUACCGGAUGGACCAGCCUUGUCCUACUGGCCAUGGCGGAAGACUAUUGAAGCAGGAGGAUGGGAGGGGGCCAGGCUCCUUGUGCCAAUCUGGUUUCUGCCCCCAUCCCCUUAGACAUCAGUACUUCAAAGCCUCCUCAGCUCAGCUCAGGUAUCCCCUUACUGUUAUCCCAUACAGCCCAGGGUAAAUGUAAAUUCAGAAUCUAUUUUUCUAAAUAAAUUGGAAAAACUGCCAGACUC